CAGUGUGAGUGCAGACCAGGCUUUGGAGGCCGGACUUGUUCUGAGUGCCCGGACUACACCUAUGGGACAACUUUGGUCAACUGUCGACGGAUGAUGUGGACAGAGUUGAUAAGGAUCUUCCAGCCAACGUGGGAGCUCCUGAUUUGGAGUCCAAACUGGACCAACUGCAGACUCUGCUUACCAGCCUUACUGUGAUGUAUAAAGCCAAGAAGGAUGUCGUGGACAACUCUAUAGAUCCCAGCACUGCAGGAGCAUUUAUCACCAUCAAGAAUGCAUAUGAAGAGUCAACAGACACCGCAAAGAAAGUGAAUACCAGUACAAACAUAGUAGAGGAGGCAACUUACCUCAUAAAAGAAACGAGAGACAUCGAGGAUCGAGUACAAGAAACCAACAUCAGAGAACUGAAUCGGCUCAACAUCAGCAUGCCCUCACAGCUGGACCUCACUCCUGUUGCUAAACAGGUGUGUGGAAGUGUUCGAUCAGAGCCCUGCACUCCUCUUCAGUGUGAGGCAGGGGAUCUGUGCCCACCGGAGGGAGCUCUUUCCUGUGAAAAAGAAAAGAACUGUGUUGGGGCACUGCCUUUGAGCAACAGGGCAAACUCUGACGUCAACAAUGUGAAAAAUCAACUGGACACGCUCACUGCAAAGAUGACGAAGGCUGCAAACAUGCUUCAAAAAACGCAAGAGACAACAAAUCAAGUUCAACAGUCAGCAAAGGACUUGUCCAACAAGUCAAAGGAGGCCAGAGAUCACCUCAAAGAUUUAAAUGAGACUGGCAAAGCUGUGAAAGAACUUAAAGACUUCCUGUCAGACCCUUUCUCCAACCUGACCCAGAUCCAGGAGGUGAGUGACUGGAUUAUGAUGACCAAACUGCCCCUCAGUCUGGAUACAUUGAAGAGGAAGCUGGAGGAGCUGAAGAACUUGGCAGCAGAUUUGCCAAACAGCACGGCUGUGCUGAAGAAGGCUGAGCCCCAGCUGGACAUGGCCAGAAAACUGCAGCAGGAGGCCCAGGAUGCCAGGCACAAGGCACUGGGAGUGAAGGCUAAUGUGAGCAUACUGCACACAGGCUUGGAAUCAGCUGACAAGACCCUCUCAGACCUGGAGAAAAAACUGCAAGAAAGCAUGAAUUCCACAGAAAACCUAAACAAGACUCUGACACAAGUGAAGAACAAGCUGCGUCCAGCACAGAAGGCACUGGAUGAUGUAUCAGAGCUGAUGAAGCCAAUGGAGUCCUCACUGGGUGAGCUGAAGGAGCUGCUGAAGAAUGCCCCCCAGAAGGCACAGGAUGCACAGGAAAAAGCAGACCAAGCUGAGGGAGAUGCAGCUGCUGCAAAUCAGGAUCUACUCACUUUGGAGAAACAAUUCAAUCGUCUUAAAGAUGAAGGAGUCACUGGGGGAGCCGGAGAAGCAGGACUCAUUGCAGAUCGACUUGCAAAACUCAAAGACGGUGCCAGAACUUUGGCUAACACCACUGAAAAUAUGAUAAAGGCUCUAGAAGGAAAAGCAGGUUCCCUUCAAAUACUGCAGGAUGAGAUCUUAGAGAAAUCAACAAAUCUUCAAGGACUUGAUGACAAACUAAAGAAACUCCUGGCACAACUUCAAGACAAAGCCAAAGAUCUUCGUAGCUGCCAGGGCUAGGUGCUACCAGACACAAGCAUUGCAGUGCCUCUCAGAUUUUCGUCAUUUACACCCUUCUUUCAUUUUCAUGUAUUUGCACUUUUAUCGUACAUUUU